UCUAGACCCUUACGCAAGUACCUUCUCUACUACAAGCACGGCUUAAUUUUUAUUAUAACGCGAAAUAAGAAGGCAGCGCUAGAACUGGCUAAGCGCAAUAAUAUUAUUACUGUAGAACCGAUAAAAAAGGCGUAUAUACUAGCUUUCUAUAAAAAGAAGCUAGGAACGCAAGAAAAUAGAGGCGAUAUUGCUAAGCUUAUAGCAGCGCUUAGAUAUAUACCGCUUACUAUUAUAUAA